CUUCAAUUACUCCAUCAACAGAUUUAUUCUCGGCUGGCCGACGCACUUCACAGACUCUGUUCCGAACACAUAUUUCAGUCAUUAUUGCACUCUUCUUUUUCAGAAACUUUUACGAUGAAGUUCUCAGCCACUUUCUUCACUCUAGUUGCCAUCUUUGGCUUUGCUACCGCUUCGCCUCAGCGCGGAGGGAGUAGACAGCAGCAAAAUGCAGACAAGCAGGCUCUUCGGGACCUCGCUGGCACAGACGUCGACCCCAAUCUCGAGAAUGGAACCAGGCUUCUUUCCAAUGGCCAAGGACAGUGUGUAGCAGUAUCUGGAAAAGCAGUUUGUUCCGAUUCAUCAGGGGCUACUUUGUCCUAA